CUAGUGACUCGGUGAUCGACAUCCAGGGGAAUCGGAAUCCUCUUUCCACUGCCGACAACGAUGGCGGACGACGGCAGACUCGCCAGGGUCGUCUCCCGACUCCAAAACCUCCCCGCGAUCUCGCUCCCCACGGAUUAUCCCCGCCCAUCGGGAAGCAACAAGGUCGUCGAGGCCGUACACCAAGCCGAGCUCUCAGAACAGACCGCUCUCGCGCUCCUCAAGCUCGCCCUUUUCAAUGAGAACGAGCAGGAAGAUGACGAGCUCGAGUCACCCACGAACCGCCCCUCCGCCUUCCACUUGGUCCUCACGGCCUUCACCGUCCUCCUCCAUCGCUACACCGGCGACACCGACCUCGUGAUCGGCUCGUCCUCCGCGUCCGCGCGCGAGCCCCUCGUCCUGCGCCUGUCUGCAGAGCCCGCCGAUCCCUUCUGGGCCAUCCUUCGCCGCGUGCAACAAGUCGAGGACGAGGCAGAGCGCGACGCGGUCCCCUUUGACUCGAUCGUGCAGGCGCUCAACAAGAACGAAGCACUCCAGGGCCCGAUCUUCCGCGUCCGCUUCUUCGACGGGACGGAUGAGACGAAAGAGCACUUCCUCAGCGCCACUAGCGCCACCUCCGACCUCACCGUCUUCAUCACCCGCGGCAGCGCGUCCUCGCACGCCUCCCUCGCCCCGCGCAUAUCCCUCCGCAUCGUGUACAACUCGCUUCUGUUUACGCACGCGCGCAUUGCAUACAUUGUCGAGCAGCUGUCGGUGCUGCUGCGCAAGGCGUCGACAAACCCCGUCUUGCCUGUUGGCUCUAUCCCGCUCCUGACGCCCUCGCAGCGCGAGAAGCUGCCCAACCCGACCGCCGACCUCGACUGGUGUGGCUGGAAGGGCGCGAUCACGGACGUCUUCACGCGCAACGCGAAGCAAUGGCCGGAUCGCCCAUGCGUCAUCCAAAGCGUACCCGCGCCCACUCUCUCCGACCCUCAGGAAAAGAUCACGUUCUCCUACGGCGCGAUCCGCCAUGCCUCGAAUGUUCUCGCGCAUCACCUCCUGUCUGCUGGAGUACAGCGCGAAGAGGUCGUCAUGGUCUACGCGCACCGUAGCGUCGAUCUUGUCGUAGCGGUUAUGGCGGUCUUGAAGGUCGGAGCCACUUUCUCAGUAAUCGACCCCGCGUACCCUGCAUCCCGGCAAAUCAUCUACCUUCGCGUCGCUCAGCCGCGCGCACUCGUCGUUCUCAAGGGUGCAGGCACUAUCGGUCCCUCCGUGCGAGAGUUCCUGUCAACUGAGCUCCACCUUCGCGUCGAGGUUCCCGCUGUGCAAGUUCACCCUGACGGCCCGAUCAAUGGCGGUACGGGUCCUGACGGCCAGGAUGUCUUGCAUCCGCAGGUACACCUCGCCGACACCGAUCCGAAUGUCGUCCUCGGUCCCGACAGCGUUGGCACGCUUUCCUUCACCAGCGGCUCGACCGGUAUCCCCAAGGGCGUCAAGGGUCGCCACUUCAGCUUGACACAUUUCUUCCCAUGGAUGGGCGAGCGCUUUGGUCUUGACGAAACUUCGAAGUUCACUAUGCUGAGCGGUAUCGCACACGACCCCAUCCAGCGUGACAUGUUCACCCCCCUCUUCUUCGGCGCCCAGCUGCACAUCCCCACCGCGGACGACAUUGGCAUCCCCGGCCGCCUCGCCGAGUGGAUGGCUGACAGCGAGGUGACUGUCACUCACCUCACGCCCGCCAUGGGCCAGCUGCUCUCCGCCCAGGCCACACGCCAGAUCCCCCACCUCCAGAACGCCUUCUUCGUCGGCGACGUGCUCACGAAGCGCGACUGCCUCCGCCUGCAAGCUUUGGCCGCGAACGUGCGCAUCAUCAACAUGUACGGCACGACUGAGACGCAGCGCGCGGUGUCGUACUUUGCGAUCCCGCCCGUUGCGCAGGACCCGACGUUCCUGGCGACGCAGAAAGACAUCAUGCCCGCGGGAAGUGGUAUGAUCGACGUGCAGCUGCUUGUUGUGAACCGCCACGACAAGAAUGUGCCGUGCGCAAUCGGCGAAGUGGGCGAGAUCUACGUACGCUCUGGCGGGUUGGCGGAGGGAUACCUGGACGCGGACGCCUCGGCCGAGAAGUUCGUGAACAACUGGUUCGCCGCCAACGCGCAGCCGCCCAAGGACACCAUCCGACACCCGAAGGACGGUCUCCCAGGCCCCGAGUCGCGCUACUGGAAGGGCGUGCGCGACCGGAUGUACCGCUCGGGCGACCUGGGGCGCUACAUGCCCGACGGCAUCGUCGAGUGCACGGGUCGCGCGGACGACCAGGUCAAGAUCCGCGGCUUCCGCAUCGAGCUCGGGGAGAUCGACACGCAUCUGAGCCAGCACCCGCUCGUGCGGGAGAAUGUGACGCUGGUGAGGCGCGACAAGGACGAGGAGAAGAUCCUUGUGAGCUACUUCGUGCCGCUCGACGGGCCGGGGCUGGAGGAGUACGCGAGCGAUGUGCCGGAGGAGGGUGAUGGGAAGGGGGUGGCGGAGGGGAUGAGGAGGUACAGGCGGCUCAUCAAGGAUAUUCGGGAGCAUCUCAAGAAGAAGCUGCCGAGCUACAGCAUUCCGACUCUGUUCGUCCCGCUCAAACGCAUGCCCCUCAACCCCAACGGCAAGAUCGACAAGCCCGCGCUUCCCUUCCCCGACACUGCACAGGCCGCUGCCGCCCCUGUACGCAAGGGCAACAGCACCGAGGAGACGCUCCAGUCCAUCUUCGCCAACAUCCUCCCCAACGCACCCCAGCCCGUCCCCAUCGACGAGAACUUCUUCGACCUUGGCGGGCAUUCAAUUCUGGCUACGCGCUUGGUCUUCGAGAUCCGCAAGGCUUUCGCCGUCGACGCACCGCUCGGUCUGAUAUUCGAGCAGCCCACUAUUGAGGGACUUGUCGGUGCCAUUGAGGCCCUCCGCAACUCGGACCUCGGCCUCGACUACAAGAAGGGUGACGCGCCCGCUGCCGCUCCAGCGAAGAAGGGUUCCCCGGCAGUCGAGUACGGGAAGGACCUCGACGCGCUGCUGCCGAAUCUCAGGGAAUCAUAUGCGGCGCCGGCGGCGGACUUUGCGCAAAAGAAGGUCGCGGUGUUCCUGACGGGUGCAACUGGCUUCCUUGGCGCGUUCGUCCUGAAGGAUCUGCUGGAUCGUCCGGAUCGAGUAGCGAAGGUUAUUUGCCUGGUCCGCGCCGGCGACGCUGCAAAGGGGCUCGCCCGCCUGCGCGAGGGCUCCAUCGACCGCGGCGUCUGGGACGACAAGUGGGCGGAGAGCGGUCGUCUGGAGAUUGUCACCGGCGACCUCGCCCUCGAGAAGUUUGGGCUGGACGACGCCACCUGGACCCGCAUCGCUGACGAGGCAGACGUGGUGCUCCACAACGGCGCGCUGGUGCAUUGGGUCUACCCCUACGACAAGCUGCGCGCGCCGAACGUGCUCUCGACGCUCGCUGUGAUUGAGCUCGCAGCGACGGGGAGGCCAAAGCACGUUGCGUUUGUGUCCUCGACGUCUGCCAUUGAUGCGGCGCACUAUGUCGAACUGUCUGAAGCGCUGGUGAACAACAAUCGCUCGGAGUAUCGUGGUGUGCCGGAGGCGGAUGACUUGGAGGGCGCUCGCAACACUCUGAAGACCGGGUAUGGCCAAAGCAAGUGGGUGUCGGAAAAGCUGCUAUUUGAGGCGGGCAAGCGCGGGUUGCGCGUACACAUCGUGCGGCCUGGAUAUGUCGUUGGUGAUUCUAGGACAGCAGUCACGAACACCGACGACUUCCUCUGGCGCAUGGUCAAGGGCUGCAUCCAGCUCGGGCAUACACCUGACAUGAACAACACCGUCAACAUGGUCCCAGUCGACCACGUCGCACGCUGCACCGCCCUCGCCGCCCUCACCCAACCCUCUAACGCACCCCUCUCCGUCCUCCACAUCACCGCCACCCCACCACCCACCUACAACGAUUUCCUCGGCGCGCUCUCCGCUUACGGCUUCGCCGUCUCUCCCGUCGAAUACGUGCUCUGGCGCCGCGAGCUCGAACAGCACGUCAUGUCUGGCGCCGCCGACAACGCGCUCUUCCCGCUGUUGCACUUCGUCCUCGACGACUUGCCGACAAGUACCAAGAGCCCCGAGCUGGACGACCGGAAUACGGUGGCUUUACUCGCCGCGCACGGGGAGAAGACGAGCUCGACGGUGGACGAGGAGUUGACGGGGAUGUACCUGGCGUGGUUGAUCCGCGCGGGCUUUAUCCCGCCACCGCCUGAGGGUGAGGCGGCCAAAAAGCUGCCCGAGCUGAAGAUAGAAGGCACGGUAAGGGCAGCAGGCCGUACGGGCCUGUAACAAUAUAAUUGCAGCAUCAUCAUGUACUUAUUGUGCGUAUGUAACACUUGUACAACAAUAGCCUUGCGGACCAGUACAUAUGUGCGUGUGGAUAUCGAGAGAAGAGCAUGUACGCGAGAAGUAAAUGGCUAGCCGGUGCUAUAACACACUUUGACACCGCUA